CUCUCCACUUUCUUCUCUCAGCCGUACCUUAAAGUUUUCUUACGUUUCAGUCUGUUCUCUCUGAAGCAAUUAAUUAAAGAGUUUUUAAUUUUCUGUAAAUAUUUUAUAAUUAAAAAUUCACGCGGGGUCGAGUUUAAUGGCUCCGAAGGAUAAGGGGGCGGCGGUGGCGGUGGCGGUUCCGGCGGUGGACUGCAACGUGAAUGGAGUGCGGAAAGAGCAGGUGCAUUACAGGGGAGUGAGGAAGAGGCCGUGGGGGAGGUACGCGGCGGAGAUCAGAGAUCCCGGGAAGAAAAGCCGCGUUUGGCUCGGGACGUUUGAUACGGCGGAGGAGGCGGCUAGGGCUUACGAUAAUGCCGCGCGGGAGUUCCGCGGCGCCAAGGCGAAAACGAAUUUUCCGUUGGCGGAGGAGCGGAUUCCGCUCGAUUUCUGCGCGAGGUUUGAUAUGAACAGGAAUGCGUGCGAGAAGGACGGCGGCGGAUGCGGCGGCGGAGGAGGAGGAGGAGGAGGGAGGAAUAGCAACCACCACAGUCCCAGCCAGAGUAGCACCGUGGAAUCGUCCAGCCGCGACGGCGGGGGGCGGUUCUCGCCGGCCGUGUUGGUCGACUCGUCGUCGCUGUUGGAUCUCAACGUCGGCGGCGGCGGCGGAUUCUCCGCGGUGAACCUUCCGUACCAGAGCCGUCACCUCCGCGUCGCGCCGGUCGUCGUGAGUGGAUACCCGCCCGCCGCCGCCGCCGCCGUGCAUCCGGCCAGCCACGUGUUCUAUUUCAACGCCCUCGCGCGUGCCGGCGCAAUUUCGCCUUCCCUCAACCCCCGAUUCUCGUCUCCCAAUUUUCACGACGGCGGCGGCGCCGGCAGCACCGGAAGCGGCGUUGCUCAGAGCGAGUCCGACUCCUCCUCCGUCGUCGAAACCAACCGCGAUCUCAAACCUAACAAAGACGGCCUAAUUUUAGAUCUCGAUCUCAACCUUCCUCCACCGGAAACUUUGUGAACCGCCCGGCGUCGAGAGUAAACCGUUUUUUUCCGUCAAAACCCUUUUUUGUUCAUUUUAGAAAAGAAAAAAAAAAUAGUAAGAAGGAUUAAUGACAACCGUUGGAUGUGAAUACCAAGAGCCGAUACAACCUCUCUAGCUCUCCACCAGCCGUUGAUUAGGUGAAAGCUUUGUGAAUUAGGCAUAUUUUUUAUAUUAUUUUUUUCCCUUUUUUAAUGACUUGUCGGUGGCGGUAACGGUGGCCGUCGUCACGGACUCACGGCGGUGUGACGUGUGAGACUGUGUUCUUGGAUAUGGAUAUGGCACGUGUGGUCCGUGUCAGUACGGGCACUGAUGGCACGUGUGGACCAUGUCAGUAUGCAUUAUUCUACCACGUGUAGUUGUGCGCCCCAUUUUGGAGGCUGGAUUUUGUAUGAACUUGUUUGCAA